AUGUCGUUCCUCAACCGCCUCACGGUUGCCGGUCGGCAGCACGAGCGGGAGCAGGCCGAGAACGUCGUCGAAGAAGUCAACGCCGAGAACAACCUGCCGCCCAUCGACCAGAAGCAGCCUCUUAUUACGCUGCCCGUCGUCGCCUGCGGUGCCGGUCUCUUCUCGGACGGCUACAUCAACAACGUCAUUGGCUCCGUCUCCACCAUCCUGGCCCUCCAGUACGGCGACACCUGGUCCAAGUCUCGGUCCAAGAGCGUUGUCAGUGCCAUCGUCUUUGCUGGCACCGUCGUCGGCCAGCUGUUCUUUGGUUUCCUCGCUGACCGCUGGUCGCGUACCAACGCGCUGCUUGCGUCUACCGUCAUCCUCUUCGUCUUCACGGCUCUGGCCGCCGGCUCAUACUACCAUGGUGACACCAUUGGCAUGUUCAACAUCCUGGCUGCGUGGCGUUUCUUCGUCGGUAUCGGCAUUGGCGGCGAGUACCCUGCGGGCUCUGUGGGCUGUGCCGAGUCGACGGGCGAGGUCCGCAAGGGCUGGCGCCAUUUUAUCUUCAUCCUCCUUGUCACAGACGUCGUCGCGGCCGCCUGCCAUAAUGAACACCUCAGCACCCAAUGGCGCGUGUCGCUCGGCAUCGGUGCCGUCUUUCCCCUCGUCCUUUUCGUCCUUCGUCUUUUUGUCAAGGAGAACGAGGAGUUCAACCGCAACUCUAUGAAGGGCGCCCGCACUCCGUACUGGCUGGUUCUCAAGUUCUACGGCCCCCGUCUGAUCGUUGUUAGCCUGAUCUGGUUCAUUUACGACUUCCUGACCUACGCCUUUGGCAUUUACUCGUCCACCAUCCUGGCCAACAUAUUCUCCUCCGACGCGCCCCUGACCACCAUCUUCGGCUGGAACGUCGUCAUCAACCUGUUCUACAUGCCCGGCUCGCUCCUCGGUGCCAAGGCCAGUGACUGGCUCGGCCCCCGCUGGUGCCUGAUCACGGGGGUGCUGCUGCAGGCCAUUGUCGGUUUCAUCAUGGCCGGCGACUAUGUCAACCUCUCCCAGCCGCACAUGGUCGGGGCGUUUGCCACCGUCUACGGCAUUUUCCUGUCGCUCGGCGAGUUCGGCCCCGGUGACAACAUUGGUCUUCUGGCUGCGAAGACCUGCGCGACCGGUGUGCGCGGCCAGUACUACGGCAUUGCCGCCGCCGUUGGCAAGAUCGGCGCCUUUGUCGGCACCUACGUCUACCCCUACAUUGAGGCCGCCGGUGGCGACGACGCCAACGCCACGGCGCAGUACCCCUUUUAUGUCAGCUCCAGCUUGUCGGUUCUGUCGGCGCUCUUGGCCUUCUUCCUGCUGCCCAACGUCGGCCAGGACACAAUCCAGUACGAGGACGCGCGCUUCCGCCGCUACCUGGAGGCCAACGGCUGGGACACCUCCCAGCUCGGUGUGCGCAAGGCGGAUUCUCUGGAGCACGUCGAGGACGGUGGCACCGUCACGGAGACCAAGGCGACGUCGCAGUAA